AUGGAGGAGAGGGAGGAGGGAGGGAAGGAGGGUGAGGGAGGGGGAGGGAGAUGUAGAGGAGCGGGAGGAGUGAGGGAAGUAGGGGGAGGGAGAUAUGGAGGAGAGGGAGGAGGGCGGGUGAGGUGAGGGAAGGAAAGAGACUUUCAGAGACAGAGAGUGAAUAGGACAGACAGACAGACAGACAGACAGACAGGUAGAAAGACAGACAGGCAGACAAGCAGUUAGACAGGCAGACAGACAGACAGACAGAUAGACAGACAGUCAGACAGUCAGAGAGACAGUCAGAGAGACAGACAGAGAGGCAGACAGACCGACAGGUAGGCAGACAGAGAGACAGGCAGACAGAUAGACAGGCAGACAGACAGACACACAGAUGGACAGACAGACAGUCAGACAGAUAGUUAAACACAGACAGUCAGACAGAUAGUUAAACAGACAGACAGUCAGACAGAGAAAGGGAGAGUACUGCCCCCAAGUGGGGUAUGCCAGCAUUGCACAGUGAAGGGACCGUGUGUGGUGUGUGUGUGUGUGUGUGUGUGUGUGUGUGUGUGUGUGUGUGUGUGUGUGUGUGUGUGCGUGUGUGGUGUGCGUGCGUGCGUGCGUGCAUGUGUUGUUAUUUAUUAGCGUUAAUCAACGUGGCUUCCAUCCCUCAUUCCAGGUCCAUGAGAAAGCUGCAUUAAAGAGGGGAGAGAGGGAGGAGAGAAAAUGAAGGGAGUAGACGGCAUAUGGAUCUUCUGUCCCUUCUGACCUUGGGGUCAUUACAAUAUAAUAAUAUAAUAAUAUGAUGACACACACAGACACACACGGCCCAUCACGUAUCCUGCUGGGGAGCGAGCGAGAGGCCUCUUCGGGCCAUCCAUCAGCAGGCCCAGAGAGAAGCCUGGAGAUAGAUUUACACUCUCCCCAUAAUGAGGCAUCAACACUGGGCCAGUCCUCUGCAUGCUGAGGCAGUCUCUGGAGGGGAGAGCUGGGGGUAGCAAGGCCGGACUACGUAAAUCUACAGUACCAAGGUUGGUAGAGAGAGAUAUGGGGUUGGGCGGGGAGAGAUAGAGAGAGGUACUCCCAUAACCCCUGUGUCGGUAACUGCCUCCCCUCUAAAUAAAAUACAGGGCAGAUAAGAAAAAAAAGGCAGAAAAAAAAAGCCCCUUAUCACAAACCCACUCCCAUACUUCACACCUCCCUCUCCACCACCUUCACCCCUUCCACAAUACACACACACACACACACGCACGCAUGCACACACACACAAAAACACACAUACACACACGCAGAUACACACACACACAGACACAUAAAGAGAGACAGACAGGUGUGUGGUUCCCACUGUGUCUAGUUUAGACCAGGUAGUGCAGCCUUGGUUAGGGGCCUAUAAGGCCAGGACAGACAGGUGUGUGGUUCCCACUGUGUCUAGUUUAGACCAGGUAGUGCAGCCUUGGUUAGGGGCUAUAAGGCCAGGCAGACAGGACAGUCCACCACCACACUACCCACUCUGCAGGAUGAAGGUAUGACAUUACUAACUAUUAAGACUGACUACUAUAUGAUAUGUCCCAUAUCCAUGCGAAGUAAGUAGAUCAUUCAUAAUUUUUACUGUAUCGUUUUUAAUGUUUUCAGAAUGUUAUAUGAGGUUAUGUGUGGGUCUACGGUUGUCUGAAUGUUAUAUGAGGUUAUGUGUGGGUCUACGGUUGUCUGAAUGUUAUGUGAGGUUAUAAGUGGGUCUAAAGUUGUCUGAAUGUCAUCUGAGGUUACGUGUGUCUGUAUCUCUACUCUGGGUUGUUUUGCUGCAUGUACUGCACUGAUGGCAUUGAACAGUGACGUAAAUGUUGUUUUAAUGUUUUUUUAAAUGUUGUUUGAAUGUUGUGUGAAUGUUGUGUGAACGUUCUGUGAAUGUUUUCCCUGUCUCUGUCUCCCAGGUGUUUUUGCUCCUGUCUCUGCUGGCUCCUGUAGCCGUCCUCUCUCAGUUCUACCUCCCUCAGGACUGUGACGACAUCUAUCAACAUGACAACACCAAACCCAGUGGGGUGUACACCAUCUACCCUGGGGGUCCCAUCACACCCCUGCACGUCUACUGUGACAUGGACACAGAUGGAGGGAGGUGGACUGUGAGUAGAGAACUUUAUAGAUCAUCUGUGAUGUUUGUGAUGUGAUGAUGGUGCAAAAUGUAUGAUAAUAAUAUCUCUCUCCCUCCCUUGUCUCCCCCCUCUAUGCCUCCCUCCCUCCCUUCUCUCUCUCUCUCUCUCUCUCUCUCUCUCUCUCUCUCUCUCUCUCUCUCUCUCUCUCUCUCUCUCUCUCUCUCUCUCUCUCUCAGGUGUUCCAAAGGAGAAUGGAUGGAACAGAGAACUUCUACAGACCCUGGGCGCACUACAAAUCUGGCUUUGGGAAUGUGGCUGGAGAGUACUGGCUGGGUGAGUCCUCCUCAGAAAACCAAACAAGAAGAAGUUAGGGGAAGGAUCUAGGAGCAAGAGGAGGGGCAAGGAGCUAGAGGAGGGGGCUAGGAGCCAGAGGAAGGGGCAUGGAGCUAGAGGAAGGGGCUAGGAGCUAGAGGAAGGGGCUAGGAGAUAAAGGAAGGGGCUAGGAGAUAAAGGAAGGGGCUAGGAGCUAGUGGAAGGGGCUAGGAGCUAGUGGAAGGGGCUAGGAGCUAGAGGAAGGGGCUAGGAGCUAGAGGAAGGGGCUAGGAGCUAAAGGAAGGGGCUAGGAGCUAGAGGAAGGGGCUAGGAGCUAGAGGAAGGGGCUAGGAGCUAGAGGAAGGGGCUAGGAGCUAGAGGAAGGGGCUAGGAGCUAGAGGAAGGGGCUAGGAGAUAAAGGAAGGGGCUAGGAGAUAAAGGGCGGGGCUAGGAGCUAGGGGAAGGGGCUAGGAGCUAGGGGAAGGGGUUAGGAGCUAGAGGAAGGGGCUAGGAGCUAGAGAAAGGGGCUAGGAGAUAAAGGACGGGGCUAGGAGCUAGGGAAGGGGGUUAGGAGCUAGAGGAAGGGGCUAGGAGAUAAAGGAAGGGGCUAGGAGCUAGAGGAAGGGGCUAGGAGCUAGGGGAAGGGGUUAGGAGCUAUAGGAAAGGGGAUAGGAGGUAAGGAAAUGAGCUAGGGGCUGAAAUGUAACAGGACCUUUAUGCUUUCUGUUCUUGUCAGGUCUGGACAACAUCUUCCUCCUGACGAUGAGGAAGAAGAGUGAGCUGAGGGUGGACAUGGAAGACUUUGAGGGAGGGAAGGUUAAUGCUAAAUACACCUCCUUCUCCAUUGAUCCUGAGAACUACGGAUACACACUGAGACUGGGUAGUUAUGUAGACGGAGGGGCAGGUGAGUUCUUCUUCUUCAUCAGUCUUAAAGGAAAACUCCACCCAAAAACGAUCUUUUGGUAUUUGUUUUAUUAGUCCAUUGUUGACAUAGUCCCAAAAUGUUUUGCUUUUCACUAUCAACUUUUCAAAAUAUGUAACUUUCAAAUUAUAGAAAUCAUCCCCAUAGGAUGCAUUUUUACAGGAAUGAUUUCUGUAUCUUGAAAACUUGAUUGCUGACAAGCAAAUCAUUUUGGGACUAUGUCAACAAUGGACUAAUGAAACAAACACCACAAGAUAGUUUUUGGGUGGAGUUUUCCUUUAAGGCCUGUCCACACCAAGGAUGAUAACUAUAACCAUAACUAUAAUGAUGAAUUAUACAUAACUAUAAACGUUGGCGAGCAUCCACACCAGCGGACUGUUUAUUGUUUAUUGUUAAGCAGUACACCUGUCAAUCAACUGAUCAACGCAUCCUACUGCACGCUGUAGGACUAUUAAUAAGGUGGGAACACAAGACCAUUCAGUGCUUCAGGGUGUGGUCGUUGCCAUAGUGACAACUGCAUCAGGGUGUGGUCGUUGCCAUAGUGACAACUGCAUUUAAUACUACAAUGUAAAUGUAAUGAAAAAUAAUAUUUAAACUUUAAGGUGCAUUACCACCACCAACUGGACUGGAGUGUGGACCUCAGUUCAUCUUUUAAUCAGGGGCGCAACUUUGGUUUUAGAAGUGGGGGGGACUUAAUUAUUAUUAUCAUAGACAGUACCAGUCAAAGGUUUGGACACACCUACUCAUUCAAGGGUUUUUAUUUAUUUUUACUAUUUUACUAUUUGACCAAGAAGGAGAGUGAUGGAGUGCUGCAUCAGAUGACCUGGCCUCCACAAUCCCCCUACCUCAACCCAAUUGAGAUGGUUUGGGAUGAGUCGGACCGCAGAGUGAAGGAGAAGCAGCCAACAAGUGCUCAGCAUAUGUGGGAACUCCUUCAAGACUGUUGGAAAAGCAUUCCAGGUGAAGCUGGUUGAGAGAAUGCCAAGAGUGUGCAAAGCUGUCAUCAAGGCAAAGGGUGGCUAUUUGAAGAAUCUCAAAUCUCAUAUAUAUUUUGAUUUGUUUAACACUUUUUUGGUUACUACAUGAUUCCAUCUGUGUUAUUUCAUAGUUUUGAUGUCUUCACUAUCAUUCUACAAUGUAGAAAAUAGUACAAAUAAAGAAAAACCCUUGAAUGAGUAGGUGUUCUAAAACGUUUGACUGGUAGUGUAUGUGUAGACUUAUAGAGGACCUUGUAUAUUUCAGGUAAAAUAACAACCCAAUGUUUAUAUCCCAGGACAAAUUAGCUAGCAACAGCAAGCUAGCUGCUUUUCGACCUGUCCCCAAAUUAAUAUAGUUGGUUCAGUUAGUUUUGAUAUUUCAACCUGUGUGUCCUGAUCGCGUCUGGUGUGGAUGAGCAAAAUCAACAUGGCGUCUAGUCAGCAUGUCUAGCCUCGAUCACACUGACAGCAUCUUUGUGCAAAAUGGUAAGCAGCAUCAUCUGGAGAUGUGUGCAACAAAAGCUCAACAUUCACCUUCUGCUACCAUUUCUGUCAAGCCAUCCACGCAUACAGUUUGAUGCACACGUUCGAUAAAUCCAAUUUAUACACCACACAGAACGCACUGCAACUGCCUCUGCAAUGCUGCAAGGCAAACACAGCUUUCCAUUGGAAAUGAAUGUACUUCUGCUGUACCAAAACGCAAGGACGCUGUCGGAGUGAUCAAGGUGUAAGUUAGAAGCGUAUGCAACCCAUCAUGCAUUAGCUAAAUAUUAGUCCUAAUACUACUAAUACUUUUUUGGGGACAAGAAAAUGAUCAUACAACACAAUGCAAUUCUUUUUUACUUUUGUUUUUUACAGUGAGUAAAGAGUUCUAGUCUAGGCCAUAAACUGCAGUGAAUAUGCCAUUUAAAUAACCACUAAAAAGCUCUGCGUUUUGAAUGCAUGUUUCAUUCACAAAUAAUAAUAAUCUUGUCUAGGCCUGAUUAGGCAACCAUUUGGAUCAGUAAUGGGUCUUUUCUCAACAGUUUACAAGGUCCAGAAAGGCAUAUUAGUAGGCCAGUCACAGUGUGUAUUUCAUCAGGAUGUAUCGCAGUUAACAGAUAGGGCUCCCAUCGGAAAAGUACGACCUUCUCAUGCACUGUUUGUGGUGGAUCAUCAUUCUCCAAAUUCGUCCUAUAAUGAAUGUGGCCACCGAUAUGCUCACACAUGCCCAGUUAUUCAGGGAUGUUUACCGUGUGCUCUUCCUUCUCUCCUCUCUGCGCAGCCUCGCGCACCUAGAACCAAGAACGCUUCAAUAGAAUGCAAUUUGAUUGGUUGUCAGGGUUUUAUCAUUGGAGGGAAACAAUCGCUCUGAAAGGGAUCCAAACCAUAGCUCCUCGUCAUUCUCCAGUCUUUCUGUAGUUAUCGUUGUAGUGGGAAAGCUCUGUUCACUUGACUUAGAACGAUUCUUUUUUUUUUGUAUCAUUACAGUUCUCAUUAUAAUGAUCGUCCUUGGUGUGGAUGGCCUUUUAGUCCAGUAAAUAAGCUCCCAAAAAAUACCAUAUUGUUGAAAAUUGGCACACUUCCAUAAUGUUUUUGAGCAAUAGGACUGUAAAGUUCCCAAAUGUAAGAGGACUCUCGUGGUAUUUACAUAUUUGCAGAAAUCCAUUCAGGUGUAUUUUGUGGCUUUUGGUGAAUGCAUUCUUAUGAUCUAAAGUCGUUCUGUUUUAUUUGCAUAUAGGCCUACUGUAGCUCUGAUUGGCUAUGGCGCACCGGUUUGUCUAGAGUCUGGUCCUGGACAAGACAGAUGAUUUUAUUCGGUUUUAUUUACUGCAGUGUCUCUUAAUUGUCCAAAAGCAUGGCCGCUUUCUCACUCUAUAUUGCUAUAGAAUUUUCACAAAUACGUCAUUCCCAAACAUUCUAUGAAAGUAUGGAAAUGUCAAAAUGACCAUAUCUAAGUGCUCGCUUGUCAGAAGAAGAAAAAAGUUGUCAAAUUCUUCCUGGGGGUGUACAGUGCAUUCGGAAAGUAUUCAGACCCAUUCUCUUUUUCCACAUUUUGUUAUGUUACAGCCUUAUUGUAAAAUGGAUUACAUUUUUUAAAUGCCCUCAUCAAUCUACAAACAAUAUGCCGUAAUGACAAAGCAAAAACAGGUUUUAGAUAUUUUUGCAAAAAAAAUAAACAACAGAAAUACAUUAUUUAAAUAAGUAUUCAGACCCUUUGCUAUGAGACUCAAAAUUGAGCUCAGGUGCAUCCUGUUUCCAUUGAUCAUCCUUGAGAUGUUCACCUUCCAACAGGACAACAGCCAAGACAACGCAGUGGCUUCGGGACAAGUCUCUGAAUGUCCUUGAGAGGCCCAGCCCCAAAAAAAUGAUAUAAUCAAUUUUAGAAUAAGGCUGUAACGUAACGAAAUGUGGAAAAAGUCAAGGGGUCUGAAUACUUUCCGAAUGGACUGUAAGGUCCCAAAGCUGACAGUGCAUGUCAGAGCAAAAACACGAGCCAUGAGGUCGAAGGAAUUGACCGUAGAGUUCCGAGACAGGAUUGUGUCGAGCCACAGAUCUGGGGAAGGGUAUCAAAAAAUGUCUGCAGCAUUGAAUGUCCCCUAGAUCACGUAAUAACUUAUUACUUUUAGCGGAAAAAGUUAUUAUGUUUACCGUUCAACAUUUUAUUACGUUUACUGGGUUUAUUACAUAAAAAAAUCAAAAAGUUAUUACAAAUCAUAAAGUUAUUGCCUUUACCGGUGUUACAGGGCGCUACAGGCUGACCUGGAGCUUUGCUGAAAUGGCACUAUAUCUAUAUAUGUUUUGUUCAGCGCGAAAAGUUAUACAAGUGUGCCAAUUUUCACGCUUCUAUACUAAUAUUUUAUUUAUUUACUGGACUACUGUAUCUGGUGUAACCAGGCUACUGUCUGUCUGCUGGUAUCUGGUUUAACCAGGCUACUGUGCUCUGUCUGUUGGUAUCUGGUUUAACCAGGCUACUGUGCUCUGUCUGCUGGUAUCUGGUUUAACCAGGCUACUGUGCUCUGUCUGCUGGUAUCUGGUUUAACCAGGCUACUGUGCUCUGUCUGCUGGUAUCUGGUUUAACCAGGCUACUGUGCUCUGUCUGCUGGUAUCUGGUUUAACCAGGCUACUGUGCUCUGUCUGCUGGUAUCUGGUUUAACCAGGCUACUGUGCUCUGUCUGUUGGUAUCUGGUUUAACCAGGCUACUGUGCUCUGUCUGUUGGUAUCUGGUUUAACCAGGCUACUGUGCUCUGUCUGCUGGUAUCUGGUUUAACCAGGCUACUGUCUGUCUGCUGGUAUCUGGUUUAACCAGGCUACUGUGCUCUGUCUGCUAUCUGGUUUAACCAGGGACUCGUGUCUUGUCUGCUGGUAUUGGUUUAACAGGCUACGUGCUUGCGACUGUAUCUGGACCAGGCUACGUCUGUUGCGACCAUCUGGUUGUACCAGGCACAUGUGUCGUGCUGGAUCUGGUUAACGGUAUGUCUCUGUGGUCGGUUACCAGCUAUUCGUCUGUGGUAUCUGUAACCAGGCACUGUCUUGUCUGUUGAUUUGGUUUAACCAGGCUACUGCUCUGCUGAUGGUGAUUCAGACUCCAUGUGAUAGCAACGCAUGAAGUUAGCACCUACGAAGACCAGGACACCUGGUGGCGCGUGUCCAGGCGCAACAUGGGUGGAUUCUGGUACGGUGCCUGUUUUCAUGCCAACCCUAACGCCCUGUAUGCCCCACAUCCGGCAACUUCUUUCACUAAUGUGUAUGUUUCUUGGUAUCACUGGAAAGGGGAUAACUACUCUCUGAAAAGCAUUUCCUUUAAGAUCAGGGCUGUCUCUGAUGCUGUGGCUGUCCAGGAGCAGGAGUAACAUACCUGCCUCUAUUACAUUUACAUUUACAUUUACGUCAUUUAGCAGACGCUCUUAUCCAGAGCGACUUACAAAUUGGUGCAUUCACCUUAUAGCCAGUGGGAUAACCACUUUACAAUGUUUUUUUUUUUUCUCACAUCAUCACUAUUACUGCCAUCUUGGCUGUUAAAGUAGUGCAUCAUGUUAUAACAGCAAGAUGGGCUCUCUGUCUCUUGAUUCAAAUGUUAAUUUACUCAAAUAAUAAUUAAAGCAUUUGAAAAGACAAAUUCACUCUGUCUUUUUAUUUACUGUAUGUACAUAUUAAUGUAUUUAUUAUAAUCAGUCUGAUUGGAUGGCUGAAUGUGUCAUAGUCAAGGUUGUAACAUGAUCUUAGUGUUUUCACUGCAAAAUGGUUGUGUGCAUUAAUUAUUAUCAUCUUCAUCCUCCUCAUCAUCCUCAUCAUCCUCAUAUUCAUCAUAAUCAUCAUCAUAAUCAUCACCAUCAUCACCAUCAUUACUAUCAUCAUAAUCAUCAUCAUCAUAAUCAUCACCAUCAUAAUCACUACCAUCAUCAUCCUCAUCAAUACCAUCAUCACCAUCUGCAUCAUCAUCACCACCAUCAUCAUCAUCACCAUCAUCAUCACAACCAUCAUCACCAUCAAUGUGUGAUGUUUUUCUACAGACCUAAAGGCCUUAUCUUCAUGUUCAUCACAUUUAUAGACCUGUCAAUACCAGGAAGGAUCUGGUCCAACCAGAACACCUGGAUUCAGAUAAUAUUUGAAAUAAAAAAAAUACUUUGUGCGUUUGCUUUAACCUUCCCGGCGUGCCAGAUGGGCGUGGUUUGUACUUUUGGGACUUUUCCAUUGCUUCCAUUGCAAACAGCAAUUCUCAAUCAUGCCUAGCUAAAAUAUUUGAAAUUAUUUCAAAUACUAUUUGAUCCCAGGUCUCUGGAGUAGCUAAUGGGGAUCCCUAAUAAAAACAAAUACAGACGUGGGAUGGUACCCUAUUCCCUUUGUAGUCCCCUGGACUCUGGUCCAAAGUAGUUCACUAUAUAGAGAAUAGGGUGUCAUUUGGGACUCAGAUACAGAACACGUGUUAACUCAGAGAUCUAAACAACUGGACCGGGAAUCUGAGGGCUGAUGACCAGAUAUGAUGUGAUAUGGUAUUAUAGUGUUAUGAUAUGGGGGACCGGAACAGGGACCUGAGGGCUCAUGACCAGAUAUGAUAUGAUAUUAUAGUGUUAUGAUAUGGGGGACCUGAACAGGGACCUGAGGGCUGAUGACCAGAUAUGAUAUGGUAUUAUAGUGUUAUGAUAUGGGGGACCUGAAUGGGGACCUGAGGGCUGAUGACCAGAUAUGAUAUGAUAUGAUUAUAGUGUUAUGAUAUGGGGGACCUGAACAGGGACCUGAGGGCUGAUGACCAGAUAUGAUAUGAUAUGAUUAUAGUGUUAUGAUAUGGGGGACCUGAAUGGGGACCUGAGGGCUGAUGACCAGAUAUGAUAUGAUAUGAUUAUAGUGUUAUGAUAUGGGGGACCUGAACAGGGACCUGAGGGCUGAUGACCAGAUAUGAUAUGAUAUUAUAGUGUUAUGAUAUGGGGGACCUGAACGGGGACCUGAGGGCUGAUGACCAGAUAUGAUAUGAUAUGAUUAUAGUGUUAUGAUAUGGGGGACCUGAAUGGGGACCUGAGAGCUGAUGACCAGAUAUGAUAUGAUAUUAUAGUGUUAUGAUAUGGGGGACCUGAAUGGGGACCUGAGGGCUGAUGACCAGAUAUGAUAUGAUAUGAUUAUAGUGUUAUGAUAUGGGGGACCUGAAUGGGGACCUGAGAGCUGAUGACCAGAUAUGAUAUGAUAUUAUAGUGUUAUGAUAUGGGGGACCUGAAUGGGGACCUGAGGGCUGAUGACCAGAUGCCAGGUACUCCUUGACCGGGACCACAAAUUGUCUCUGGUAUUUUUUGCCCGCCGGCCCAUUUUUUCCCUCAAGGCCCUCAUUAUACCAAACAGAUCAUUUAUGUGCAAAAAUUUAAUAAAUAAUUGUAUAGACGUAAAGACUUACCAUCUACAGAUUUGACCGUCCAUGCAUGUAGGACAACUGUAAAAAUCCCUGGUUCAGUAAUAGAAUAAAAACUUGGGUUUGCUUUAAUACUGCGUUUGUGGUUGUUUGUGUUUGUGCUUUUGGGUUUUCUUGUUCCUGAGUUGUGUAUCUGCAGUAAUAUUUGAAUUAUUUAUUAUUUGAUCGGUUUUGGAUGUUUGUGUUUAAAAAUGUGUGGGUGUCCUUUGUGUGUCCUGGUCUGGAAUAGUUUCACUAUAGAGAUAUGGGUUCAUUUGGGACUCAGUACAGAACAUGUAACAGAGAUCUAACAAUGGACGGAAUUUAGGGCUGAGACCAAUAUUUUUACAUUUACUUCGUCUUUAGCAGCCUUUAUGUAGGAUUACAAUGGUGCUUGAUUCAGUGGUAACCCUUAAUUUUAUGUUUUUUGGGUGGGGUAGAAGGAUGUUUAGCCUUCGUAUUCUAAAGGGGUGUUUAAAUGUUCCGGGGGGUGGUGAUGAUUGAUAUAGGUUAUAUAUGGGGACCUGAUGGACUUGAGGGCUGAUUGACCAGAAUGGGGGAUAUCUGUGAAUGGGACCUGAAUGGGGACGAUGGGCUGGGAGUACAAUUAAGAUAGUUAUGAUUUGGGGGACCUGAAUAGGGAUCGAAUAGAUGCAUCAGGUAAUGAUCACAUAAGUAAUAGAGAACCUAAAUGGGAUGGCUGAGACGGUAGAUUCAUAUUUUGUUAGUAUGGGACCUAAUGGGACUUGGGCUAUGAAAGAUAUUGAGGUAGAUAGAUAAUAGAAGAGAGACGUUUGGUAGUAAGUGACGACUUUGAUAUGAGGUUUGUCUAAGGUGUAGGGGUGAAUGGGACCUGAAGGCUGAUACCAGAUAUGAUAGAAUAUGUAUUAUAGUGUUAAUGUUAUGGAGGAUAUAUGUGUACAGAUCAUUAUAGUUAUUAUAGUGUAGUUAUCUCCCCCUAACAAACCAUCCUCUCUCCUGUAUAUUAUAAUCUGACUCAUCUCUACUUAUGAAUAUGAUGGAAAACACCACAAAACACAAGCCCCUCUCUCUCUCUCUCUUCUCUACCUAUCCUCUCUAAUCUCUCUCUCUCCUUCCCCCUCUCUCUCUCUCUCUCUCUCCUUCUCCUCCUAUCACAGGUGUUCCAGAGGAGAAUGGAUGGAACAGAGAACUUACAUUUGACAUUUUAGUAAUUUAGCAGACGCUCUUAUCCAGAGCAACUUACAGUUAGUGAGUGCGUACAUUUUCAUACUGGCCCUCCGUGGGAAUCGAACCCACAACCCUGGCGUUGCAAACGCCAUGCUCUACCAACUGAGCUACACGGGACUUCUACAGACUCUGGGCUCACUACAAAGCUGGCUUUGGGAACGUGGCUGGAGAGUACUGGCUGGGUGAGUCCCUACACUUACUCAAUAUUAUGAUUGAUGAACUAUGUGAUAUAAAUAUUUCCAAGCAGUUUGCGAAACAAAUGAAGAGUGACCCUUUGGAUUUGGAUUGAUUUCAAUUGAGUGUAAUUGAUCAACUGAAGAGAACUCAACUGAAUCUACACUGACUCUACUCUGACCCUGUCCUCCCUGAGGUCUGGACAACAUCUUCCUCCUGAUGACGAGGGAGAGCAGUGAGCUGAGGGAGGACAUGAGGGAGGGAAGGUUUACUACACCUCCUUCUCCAUUGAUCCAGAGAACUACAGAUACACACUGA